AUGGCCCUAGUUUUCAGGAAGGCAGUUUUGCCAAAGAACGUAUCGUUGCUAAAAUACUUUAGAGGGCGACCUUUAGCCACAGCGGCCAGUAAAAAGAACCCUGCAGCAUUAUCCGCGGCGGUCCCAAGCCGAAGCUUGAAGGAUAAGGCCAGGACGCUGCGCGUGGGGACCGUGAAGAUCGAAAAGGCGAAGCAGCUGCCGACCGUGAGCGCGGGGCGCAGUCCGAGCGCGUGCGAGCGUCUGAGGUUCUGCGUGUCGUGCCCCGACCUCGUGCCCGUGGCGCGGACGAGAUUGUUCGCAUCGCCUGUCAACUACGCCCCAAGAACUAGGACCAUAAGUCACACCCCGCUAGCCUUGCUGUGCCACCGCUCGAGCUCGCUGCCCGGCUUGUUGCCCGCCCGCAACUUCCACACUAGCAACGCGUUCGACAAAACCUGCCCGCCGCCAUGUAACUGCGGCUGCCCCUGCCCGUUCCCGUGCGGGCCCUGCGGCUGCCCGCAAGGCUGCAACUGCCUCCCCCCGCCCUGCAACCAACCGCCCAAGUGCAUUCAGUACAUGACCGGCUACUACUACUACCCUUACGGCUUCUGGUUCUGUGGACCGUACCACGUGUCCGGCACGUGCACUCCCGUCGGCCCCUGCAGCCCUGCGGCCUCGUGCCCGUGCCCAUGUCCUUGUCCUAAGUGCUGCGCCUGCCUCAACCCGGUCGCAGCGAUGGCAAUGAGCAGCGGCACCCAGCAGCAGAGCUCGCCGCCGACACCGCGACCACCGUCCAGGUCCAUGCAGUCGCCCAUCGCUGACAUUAAGUACCCUCUGCCUGGCCAGGAUCCCGUCCAGUGCAGUACAGCGAUCCCGCCUACUCCAUCGUCCCGUGCCGGAAAUGCAGGCAUUUCAAAGUUCUUCCCCUUCAACGCCGUGCCCAACGUGGAACCGAUCCGCCGCCUCCCCCACACUUCAGUGCUCAUGUGCCCCUACAGCACUAAGCCCAUCCCCCCUGCGAGCACCCCCGACGCGUUCCAGGAGGGCAAGCCUGUUUACUGCACCCCCUGCCUCAAACAACAGAAGAACAACUUUAGCAAUAGGGCUCGCCAAAAUUUCUGUAACAACUGCCAAAAGUCAAAGAAGUCGCUUCCCAAUUCCCUUUCUAAAUCCUAUUCAGAUUAUCAUGAGAAGCGUACUGAAAGUAGGAGCCCCAUCCACCACCACAAGCGGCCCAGAAGACUAAACUACGAAGUGUGCCCGCUCUUAGAAUCUCCUCGAGGCUUGAUGACCCAGGAGCAGCGCGACAGGCCCGACGUCUACCCCGGGGCCUUCCAGUACGCUAACAUCCCCAACUACAGGAGCCCAUACCCCACCCAGCCCUUCAUGGAGUCCACCUUCAAGGCAUACGACGUUUAGACAGACCUCGCAUAAUCAGUCAGGAUGACAAUUUUAGAACAAAAGCUGACUCCACAUCUUUAAAUGGAUUGAAAUAAUAACAAUUUGUAAAAAGUCCAUUUAAUAAACAUCUCCUGACUAAUAUUGUAGUUUUAUUUCUGAGGAGGCCCUCUCACUAGGCUCUAUUAGAUAGGAUUGUGAUUACAGUAAAGCAAUCAUCCUUUCAGCAAAUGUCGCGAC